AUGACAUGGGAUGGAGUGCGAACCGUAGAACAGGUGAACCUAUCUACACCUAAUCAAUCUAUCUAUCUAUCUAUCUAUCUAUCUAUCUAUCUAUCUAUCUCAGCCUGUUUUUUUCUAUCUAUCUAUCUAUCUAUCUAUCUAUCUAUCUAUCUAUCUAUCUAUCUAUCUAUCUCGCUCUGUUCCUAUCUAUCUAUCUAUCUAUUUCAGUCUGUUUCUUUCUAUCUAUCUAUCUAUCUCGCUCUGUUCCUAUCUAUCUAUCUAUCUAUCUAUCUAUCUAUCUCAGCCUGUUUCUUUCUAUCUAUCUAUCUAUCUCGCUCUGUUCCUAUCUAUCUAUCUAUCUAUCUAUUUCAGCCUGUUUCUUUCUAUCUAUCUAUCUAUCUAUCUAUCUAUCUAUCUAUCUAUCUAUCUAUCUCAGCCUGUUUCUUUCUAUCUAUCUAUCUAUCUAUCUAUCUAUUUCAGCCUGUUUCUUUCUAUCUAUCUAUCUAUCUAUCUAUCUCAGCCUGUUUGUUUCUAUCUAUCUAUCUAUCUAUCUAUCUAUCUAUUUCAGCCUGUUUCUAUCUAUCUAUCUAUCUAUCUAUCUAUCUAUCUAUCUAUCUAUCUGAGUCUAUUUAUGAUCUAUCUCUCUAUCUAUCUGUCUGUCUGUCUUGUUAG